CCCGUCUGCCCGCACGAUACGCUGCCAUCUUUGUCGUUUCGGUGUGUUCUACUGUUCUCGUCCAUUCGGCGGUUAUUACGCGUGUGGCGUGUCCAUCUAGGAUAUAGAGCAAUAUAGAGUUCAGUUGCGUUUUCUUGCGUCCUCGAAGGGGGUCCAGGUUUCGCGUACGAUCUUCACGAUGAGUACCGACAGUAUUGAAAAGCUAUACAAAAACUUCGGUAUCCUUGCCGACGCUAAAGACAAGCUCGUGCAGCAUGAAAAGGAAUAUCUGGAAAUACUAACUGCAGUUAAAGGAUCACCUAAGGAAAAAAGAUUGGCGUCGCAAUUUAUUGCAAGGUUUUUCAAGCAUUUUCCGAAACUAGCGGAUCAGGCUAUAGAUGCUCACUUGGAUUUGUGCGAAGAUGAAGAUAUGGCUAUUCGAAAACAAGCUAUUAAAGAUUUACCAGCGCUUUGUAAAGAUAAUAAAGAACAUACAGCAAGAAUUGCAGAUAUUUUAGCACAAUUAUUGCAAGCUGAGGAUUCUUCAGAAUUAGCAGUUGUACAUAACAGUAUUAUGUCGCUUAUGAAGAGUGAUCCCAAAGGUACCUUAAGCGGAUUCUUUAGCCAAAUUCUUAAUGGCGACGAUGGGACAAGAGAACGUUGUAUAAAAUUUCUAGCUACCAAACUUAAAGCAAUAGGACAUGACAUUAUCACAAAGGAACCAGAAGAUUUGUUAAUUGCAGAAUGUAAAAAAGUAUUACAGGACGUGACUGCUGAUGAGUUUCACAGUAUUAUGGAAAUCCUUGCGUGGACUAGAUUGGGAUCUACCGUCACUGGUCAACAAGAAUUGGUCGAUAUUACAAUAGAACAGGCGGAACUUUCUGUACCUUUUAAGCAUACUAAUGUUGAGCAAUGGAACAGAUUAGUCCAAUGUGUUAAACAUGCUCUUCCAUUCUUCAGUUCACAGAUAGAUUCGUCAAAAUUUGUUUCAUAUAUUUGCGUGCAAGUUUUACCACAUCUUUCUUUGAUGACUUCUCCCGAUGGUCGAGAUAUUCAAUUGGAACUAUUAAAGUUGCUUGCUGAAUUAACUGUGUUUUGUGGAAUAAUUGAAAAACCCGAAGAUAAAGUUCAACAACUUUACAAUACCCUUAUUACCUAUAUGCCACUUCCUCCAGCUACAGAAAUUACUGAUGUACCAAAGUUACAGUUUAGUCAUGUGGAAUGUUUAAUGUAUGCUUUUCAUAAAUUGUGUAAGCAAACUCCCGAAUUUUUGAUAAAGGAUCCAGAGCAGCUUAAAGAAUUUCGAUUAAGAUUACAAUAUUUUGCGAGGGGCAUUCAAGGUUACAUAAAGAAGUUACGUGAAGCUAUUAGCGGAAAGACGGAAGAAGAAUUAAAAUCUGAGGAAAAUCAGUUAAAGGUUGUGGCAUUAAAAACAACCAACAAUAUUAAUACUUUGAUCAAAGAUCUGUUUCAUUCACCUCCUAGCUUCAAGAGCAUCAUACAUCUUUCGUGGAAAACGCCUUGUAAUGACAAAAAGAAUGAAAAAAAUUCUGCUCAGAAAAGACAUACACCGAUCACAUUUGGAAACGACAACAGCCCAAAUAAACGCAGCAAGGAAGAUAAGAACAAUAAAAGAGAAAUAUAUACACCUCCUAGUGGCAAAUACAGUUCGAACAUAUCAAAUUAUGGCCGUGGUAGAUUUAAAGGUAACAGGCCUAGAGGUAGAGGCGCUUUCAGGACAAGAGGUCGUGGUCCAUGGCGAAAGAAUUUUUAUUAAUCAUAAAAUUCAUUACAAUUGAAAGCAACUAAAAUUGGAAUAACGAUACGAGCACAUAUUUGCUUCCUAACAUCGAUCAAGUAUUUAAAAAAAUCUUUAAAAUUUAACUUUAUUAGCCUUUACGGCUCUAUGAAAUAAUUUCAUACUAAAUUUCAAGAUUGAUAAAUUUCCAUGUGACAAGAAUUAGAAAAUCAACAAUUGUCAAAAUAUCCAUUAUUUGAAUGACAUGGCAAGGAGAUUUGGAUAGAAUGCAAUUGUGGCAUUAUACGAAUAUUUUUCUUAUUUAAUUCUUAUAAUAUGAACUGCAAUGAAAAUAUCCAAAAUAAUUCAGACAUAAAGUAAAUAUAUGGACAAUGAACGUAUUCAAAUAAUAUAUAACGCAUACAAAUGUAUUAAGAAGAGAGAACACUAUCAUUUAUUGACGGAUUUCAUGAAGGGGUCUUGGAAUCGUAUACGAGAAAUUGAAGAAAGAAGAUAUUUCGAAAUACAAAACUUGUGAAGAUAAUAUUAUUUGAAAAAAUUGAAAAAAAUCUGACGAAGAUAGUGCAAAAAGUAAAAAUAUUACGCUGUUAUCAAACUGGAAUUUAAAACCACGCCAACCAUUUGAAUCACAAGGCAACAUCGAUAUAUCGAUCGUUACAGAAAGCAUGGAAUUAUGGAAAUGGAAAAGGAAACGGUUCUUUCCUCCUAAAAAAAUUUCAAGAUUGGAAGAUACAAAACACACUCUCCUGUAUCCAUUCCUAAAUUAGCUUCUUCCUCGCUUCCUUUCCAAAUUUUUAUAUUUAUUGAUAUUUGUUAAUAUUUAUCUGUUAACAGGAUUGAGCUAGCAGAGAAUUUCAGACCGAUUUGUUGCCAGAGCAGUUUAAUCGAAGAAACAUAAGAUAUAAUAAUUUUUUCUAUUGAUAAAAGAACUAUGCCUGUAUACAUACACUUGUAUGUACAAUUUGAGAAUUUUGUUUCAAUUUUCAUAAAUAUCAAAAAUAUUUGUAUAUUAUAUAAAAUUACAUAAAGUACAUAUUUUUAAUACAAAUAGUUGUAAAGAAGAGUGAUUUCAUGAGUCUGUGUUUCUUCGAUAAAUACGAUAAGAUCAAUCGGAGCGGCAGUUAUCACAGUUUUUCUUUUGCAGAAAAUGCAUGUUAACCAGAGACAUUUGGAAAUUAGGAGGACUGGACCUUGGCGUCAUAUAAAUACUUAUGUAUAUUUUUUCCCCAUUACAGGAUUCUUUCAAAAACAAAUGCAGAAAAAGAGGUGGAGAAAGCAGAGAAACUACUAGGAAAAAUUAAUUAAUAUUUUCCUUUCAGGAACUUCCUUCCAGGCGGAUAUUAUUGUGUUUAUUAUUAUGUAUAUAUAUAUAUAUAUCUCCUUCAUGUGAAUGCUGUUUUAAUUGAGGUGAGUUUAAAAAGUUUUUUCCAUCUUCCCUUUCCCCUUAUCCAUCAUUAUCGUAUCAAAAUAUUUUUCGUGUUAUCUAUAAAAAUUCGUAAAUAUUGUUUCUAAUUAUUUCAAUAAAUAAUAUUAUUUAAUACUA